AUGGCCAAGGCCCUCAUCGUGGGCAUAUCUGGCCCGUCCUCCAGCGGCAAAACCACGCUCGCCCGUCUUCUGCGCGACAUUUUCCCCAACACGCUUGUCCUCCACCAAGACGACUUCUACAAGCCAGAGCCAGAACUGCCCGUCAAAAAUGGCCUGCUGGACUGGGACUGCGCCGGCGCCCUGGACGUGCCCGGCAUGGCAGAAGCGCUCUCUUAUAUCCGGCAGCAUGCCUGUCUCCCGCCGACGCUAGAUUCUAAAGAAGACCGAAAUUCUGUCGGGAAAUGCCCUGUCCGCGAGUCGACCGUCACUGCCCUCAGGAGCAGGGUGUCUGAUGCGCUGCCGUCUUCGCACCCUUUGCGCGGAGGACAUCUUCGGCUGUGCCUUCUGGACGGGUUUUUGCUGUACUCGCCCUCUAUGCGGGCCGUCCAGUCGUACCUUGAUGUUAAACUGUUCGUGAGAGCUUCGUAUGCUAGGAUGAAGGCCAGGAGGGAAGCCCGCGACGGCUAUGUGACCAUUGAGGGAUUCUGGGCCGACCCCCCCGGGUACGUCGACAAGAUUGUGUGGCCGAAUUAUGUCGAGGAGCACGCUUGGAUGUUUGACGGGGGAGAUGUCGAAGGCGCCUUCAAGGCAGACGUGUUGGAUCGUCAGGGCAUCAAGGUGCUCAAGGAGGCACCGGUGGAUGCUGAUCUGGAACAUGUCCUGGGAUGGAUGGUGGGUGUGGUGAUUGAUGAAUUGACGAAACAUUCAUAG